AACGCGUCGUAUCGGAAGCAAUUCAGGGUUGCACAGCUCUGCAUUACAUGACCUGUGUUCGGUAAGCGGCAAGCAAACCUUCGCUUUCACUGUCCUCUUCGUCCUAAGAUGACAAAUAGUCCACAAUGUGUGCUGCAAUGGUGCACGUUUUCCGUCGUGGGACGCCAACGUUAAUUCGUAACACAGCUGCCACCACGAGUCAGGUGAGCAUUCGCACACUGUCUGUGAGCCAUCACAUGCUGGCCAAGGAUAAACCCAACGAUGACCAGAAGGUGAAUAAUGAGCCCAUUAAGUUCUCCAGCAGCAAGGCCAGUCAUAGGACUUGGAAUGUCAACCGUUCUUUGGGAAUUCACUAUGAGCGGCCAUGGUGGAAAGUCCUCCCCAUCUGCGCCGUUGUGGCGAGCUUCCUAAUGUGGUGUUUUUUGAGGGGGGAGGUGGACAUUGAUGAACAGCUGGAGGAGGAACUUUACCAGAAUUUACCUGGAUUGCUACCAGAUGACGAUGAAAAGUAGUUAUGUUUAAGCUUUUGCCUUUACUUAAUGGGUUGCCAAGUUUUGACUCAAUCAUCAGUUUAUUUAUACAGCCUAUAAUCACAAACGUUUCCGAGGGCUUGCAAACCCGUCAAUUAACCAUGUUGUCCUUUUUUUGCAAUAUAACAACUGCAAAUUACUUGAAAUAUGUUUUUGUAAUGCAAACAGUUCAGUUUCAAUAAAAUGGAACACAAUGA